CGCGGCUCUCAGGCGGGAUGAGGCGGUUCUGGAGCUGCUUUAGUGCGAGUGUAGAUUCAGAGGAGCCGCUCGACAUUCUGGGUCUUUCUCCUCACUAAUCCACGCUUGUAAAGCUGUCCAACUGGUUUUCCCGUCUCUCCUCUGUGCUGUACUGAAACGGAGCAUCCUGCUCACAGCUCUCAGCAGGUGUAAAUUGGAGGUUUUCCUUUCUCCUUGUUCUUCUCCCUGUCCUGCCUGUGCUCUACACGACUCCACCCAGCAGCCACCGUCCUCCACACACUCACACACACAGCCACCAUCACCACCUGGAGCCCACCACUACCUGAGCAGCAGUAAGGAGUUACCUUCUCCCUCGUCCGGUUCUGAUGGCAGACGGUCGGCAGCCUGAGGACAGCGCCCCCCAGUGGGCAUCGCCUGGAGCCCAGGGGUCAGCCAGCCCAGUUGGUCAUGGGGAAAACGGCUUCUCCUACAGGGCGUGCCAGCCUGGCGGCGCCCACGCUGGCUCUGCUGCUUCAUACGCCAAAGAGAACGGCUUUAACGGGGAUUUGCCCUCAGGCCAUGCUGUUACUGCAGAGCAAGUCUCUGCGCGGAUUGUGCAGGAGGUGACGGCGGAGGCUGUAGCAGUGCUGAAGGGCGAGCAGGAGCUCCACCCGGACACCGCUGUCAGACUGCCCUCAGUGGAAGAUUCUGCUAAUCUGCCCCCAUCUCCUCCCCCCUCACCUGCAGCAGAGCACUUUGGUCCUCUGGAGCAAGAUGUAGGGGACGAGGAGGAGGCUGGGCCUCUCCACCGCUUCCAAAAUUCUCGGGAGAGGUGCAAGUUCCUCGCCCCCUCCAUCUCAGUCUCAGUGCCCGAGGAUGACCCCUACUACUCUGACGAGGAGUACUAUGACCACCCCUUAUUCAGCCCAGAGUGGACACUCUCUGGCGCACGGCCUUCAGGGCAGGCCGCUGCCUUUAGGCAGAUCGAAGAAGAGACCAUAGAGGCUCUCUCCGCAGCGGAGGAGGAAGAGGAGGACACUGCAGCAGCAGCAGCUUUAGAGGAGCAGGAGGAGCUGGAGGAGCAGUGGAGUGGGGAGGAGCCUGAGCAGGAACCCCCAUCCCAGCUCUUAGAACAGGCAGAGGUUGUAGGCGAGGCCCAGGCUUUGCCCUGUCCGCAGGCCGAAGUCCAGGCGCUUACUGCUGGCCCUGGAGCUCCUAACGGGAGCACCGAGGAGGCAGGGAGGGAAGAGAGCCCUGAGAAAGCUGUGAAGAUGGACACGGAAAAGCCAUGUGGAGAGCGGGCCGCACCAGUCGGCAUGGACUUCACUGAAUCCGAGGUGCACCCUGAUGAUCCUCCCACUUACCAGAGUCUUGUUCCUGAGAAAGACUUGCCAGAUACCCCGCUACCUGCUCCGUGUGACACCGAGGCUUUUGCCAUUCCCCCAAAUGGCCAGAGUCAUGCCAAAGAGCCCCAGGAACCUUCAGCUCAAAAGCCUGAUUUACAAAUCAGUGUUGAGAAACAGGCUUCUUCAGAUGCACCUGACUCCAGUAAGUCUCAAACACAUGGAGAGCAAUCACUAGUCGAAGCCAUGACUGCUGGAGACAAGCAGGUAGAAGCUACAGUGAGUGCCAAAACUCCAGAAGUGCCUGAAAAAGAGUCUCCUAGCUUAGAUAAAGAAGGAGAACAAACUAAGGACAAAUCUGGAAUGUCUGCUUAUUUUGAGACUACGACCCCAAAACCCGAUGAAGCCAGAGGCCAAGGAGAAGGUUAUUAUGAGCUCAGCGCUGCCUCAGAUGAAACUAAAGAUACUCCUGCCACUCCUUCACUCCCGGAAAUUAGUUACAGUACCCUAGCUCAGACACAGUCUAUGGAUGAAAAGCCUGCAAGUCAAAAGGGUACUGCAGAGGCACAAAUGGUCCUUCCACCAGCUGAAAAGGGGAGGGAUGAUUGCAGGCUCUCUCCUGGAAAACUAGCCCUGGAGCAAAGAAGCUAUUCCCUGAACAUCACGAUUGGCGCUAUGGAUCAGAGUGGAGGCCAAGGGCGGCCCAGGAACUUCUCCCCCUUAGCGACUGACAUCAUGUCUUACACUAGUGGAAGCCUCGACGAAUCCGCGGACUACCUUCCUGUCACAACUCCAUCAGUAGAGAAACUUCCCGCUUUCCCUCCACUGAUCCUGGAGACGUCAGCAUCUGUCACAACUCCAUCAUCCUCUCCCCCCCAUGAGACAGUGACCGAUGUCAAGACCUCAAGUCCUCAGACUGAGUCCCCAGAGUCUCCUCUCCCAUCAAAGUAUUACUAUAAAAAUGGAGCUAUCAUGGCUCCAGACCUGCCUGAAAUGCUGGACUUGGCAGGUACUCGAUCGAGGCUGAUGACGGAGAACAAUGACCCUGAGAUUAUGAGGAGGAAAUCAGUCCCUGCAGAUAUGCCAGCCCUUGUGAGUGACUCUUUAGCUCAUUUGUUUCAGGGUGACCAGAGUCACAGAAUUGCAAAAAGUGAGAGUCAGUUGGAGGAGCAGGGAUACUGCGUUUUCAGCGAGUACUCAGGUCCCAUGCCAUCUCCUGCAGAUGUGCACAGUCCAAUGGACUCCCCACCAACCCAAAUCUUCAACACAAUGAUAUCUGAGGAGAAGGAGCCAAGUCCAGCUGCAAGUGGACAGGAGAGUCCAUCUUCUAAGGAUGUGAAAGAGGAAAUUACCCCAGAACCAAAGGAAGAGAAGGAUACAAGAAAGGAACAAGGCCAGAAAGAUGACGUUGAGGCAGAGAAGCCAGAAAAACAAGGAGAAAUACUUGUUACUCCAACUGUGACAGUUACCUUGGAAGGAGCAAAGCCUGGUCUUGAUGCAGAGGCCAAACUUGCAGCUGAGCAAGAGGCUGAAAUAGCUGAUUAUGAGAGGCAAAUCCGCAAGCUAGAAAUGGAAGACAGGCCUUUGAGUGUAGAAGAGGAGCGGGAGCUCCAGGAGCUAAGAGAGAAAGUGAAGAAUAAGCCAGAUUUGGUGCACCAAGAGGCCUAUGAGGAGGUAGAUGCUGAGGAUGUGUACCAGCUCACUGGAGUGGCCAAGGACAGGAUUGCUAGACCAGUGAAACCAUCUCCAACAUCAUCAGUGGAGAGUGCUCCAGAGGAGGAGAAAGUUCAGGUUGUCACAGAGAAACCUAAACCAGUAGAAGAGACAGAGACUCUGAAAUCAGAGCCUACAAAAUUGUCUCCUGCUGGAUCUGUUGAGAAACCCACUGAAGAGAAGAAACCCUUAGAAGAACCUGUCAAAGUGAAAGAGAUUGCUGUUGAGAAAGAAACACAGCCAGAUCUUGUAAAGGCAGAGGAGACUCCCAUUUCUAGCACAGUGGCACAAGGUGCAGAAGAAGUAGAACUAGCUGAGGAGCCUGAAGAGUUCAUAGAGGAAGCAAAAACAGUUGAGCCUUCAGAUUUGACACCAAAGAAGGUUGAAACAGAGGAAGUAAAAGAGAAGGUUGAGACAGAAAAGAUUGAGAAAGAAAAGAUUGAGAAAGAAAAGAUUGAGACAGAAAAGAUUGAGACAGAAAAGGCUGAGAAAGAAAAGGCUGAGAAAGAAAAGGCUGAGAAAGAAAAGGCUGAGAAAGAAAAGGCUGAGGCAGAAAAGAUUGAGAAAGAAAAGAUUGAGACAGAAAAGAUUGAGACAGAAAAGAUUGAGACAGAAAAGAUUGAGACAGAGAAGGCUAAACCAGAAAAGAUUGAGACAGAAAAGGUUGAGGCAGAAAAGAUUGAGACAGAGAAGGCUAAACCAGAAAAGAUUGAGACAGAAAAGGUUGAGGCAGAAAAGAUUGAGACAGAGAAGGCUGAGCCAGAAAAGAUUGAGACAGAGAAGGCUGAGCCAGAAAAGAUUGAGACAGAAAAGGCUGAGCCAGAAAAGAUUGAGACAGAAAAGAUUGAGACAGAGAAGGCUGAGCCAGAAAAGAUUGAGACAGAAAAGUCUGAAACAGAGCAUGCUGAAGCAGAACUUGUCAAGGAUGAAGUUGAGGAGAAAGACGAAGAGAAAGAGCAAGAGGAAUUGAAAGGGGCAGGGGCGCCAGUAGAAGAAACCACAGAGCCUAGAGCUGCAAUUGAAUCUGUCGUCACAGUGGAAGAUGACUUCAUCACAGUGGUGCAGACCAUUGACGAACGAGAGGAACCUGGUCACAGUGUACGAUUCUCUGCUCCUCCUGAGGAAGAGCUGCCUCAGCUGCUCCAAGAGGAAGAGGACGAAGAAGAAUCUGUGGAAAUGGCACAAGAGGCAGAAAUGGAGGCUGCUAGCCUUGAGGAAGUCCCAGAUGUCCCAGAUGUCUCAGAAGCUGUUCAGACUCCUGUGUACCCUCCUAAGGAGGUGCCAGAGAGUGAGGGGCCCACUGAGAGCUAUGAUGACUACAAGGAUGAGACCACCAUUGAUGACUCCAUUUUGGACAGCUCUUGGGUGGACACUCAAGCAGAUGAUGAUAAGAGCAUGGCUACAGAGAAAAUCGAGCCUCCUCCAAUGAUGGAAAGCCCUGCUAAGAAGCCUCCCGCUGAGAAGCCAGUCAAGCAGAAGGCGAAAGGAGGCAGGGCUAAAGGAAGAGUCUCCACCCCGGAACGUAAGCCUGUGCGGAAGGAGCCCGUGCCGGUCCAAAAAGAGGAGAUGAAGAAGAAAAAAGCUGUGAUUAAGAAGGUUGAUCUCACAAAAAAAUCUGAAAAUCAGAGCCGCUCUCCCUCCCGGAAGAGUGUUUUAAAGGCCGCCGUAAGGCACCCUAGACCUACCCAACACCACGUCUGUGCUAAGCGGAAACCCACAGUGUCAGCAGAUGGACGGCAGCCCCUCAGUGCUGUGAGGCACUCCAGGGACAGGGCGUCUACCCCCAGCCCAACAUCACUAACAAAGAUACCCACCUCUAAAAUGCGGGCGUCGGCUCUUCUUCCACCCCGCCCCAACUCUGCCGGCUCCCUCAAUAAAAAGAGGCCGAUGGUGGGGGCGGAUCCCAGUGAGCCCCGUCCCUCCUCCGCAGGCCCGCAUGACUCUGCCUUACUUAACAGACAUUUAGGCAAGGAUGGAGGUUCACGGAGCCCGGAGAAGAGGUCGUCUCUGCCUCGGCCAGCGUCCAUCCUGACCCGCCGCUCGCAUACUGCCGAGCCCGAGGAGAGCUCCACUUCCAUCACCAGCUCCGGAUCCACAGCACCUCGCAGGCCCACGUCCUUCCGCACUGAGGUCAGAGCGGAGCACAGGACAGGCAGGUCCCCCAGUGUGACAGGUACAGAGUCGGCCCGUUCCCGUUCGGCCCGUAGUGGUACCUCCACGCCCCGUACUCCUGGCUCCACAGCCAUCACCCCCGGCACUCCACCCAGCUACUCCUGCCGCACCCCAGGCACUCCCCGCACCCCAGGCACCCCCAAGUCCCUCAGCCUGCUGUCUCAGGAGAAGAAGGUGGCCGUCAUCCGCACGCCCCCGAAAUCGCCCGCCACCACACCCAAGCAGCUGCGCGUCAUCAACCAGCCGCUGCCUGACCUCAAGAACGUCAAGUCCAAGAUCGGCUCCACUGAUAACAUCAAAUACCAGCCCAAAGGAGGCCAGAUUCAAAUUUUAAACAAGAAGCUGGACUUCAGUCACAUACAAUCAAAGUGUGGAUCCAAGGAUAAUCUGAAGCAUUCUGCCCAUGGAGGAAAUGUACAAAUUCAGUCCAAGAAGCUUGACCUUAGUCACGUGACCUCCAAAUGCGGAUCACUGGACAACAUCCGCCACAGGCCAGGGGGCGGAAAUGUGCGCAUUGAAAGUGUGAAGCUGGACUUCAAAGAUAAAGCCCAGGCCAAGGUGGGCUCUCUGGACAAUGCCCACCAUGUGCCAGGGGGAGGACAUGUACUGAUCGAAAGCCACAAACUGACGUUCCGUGAGUCGGCCAAGGCGCGAGUGGACCACGGGGCGGAGAUUGUGAUCCAGUCGCCCGGCCUUUCGGGCGGCACCUCGCCCCACCGCCACAGCCACAUGUCCUCAUCUGGCAGCAUCAACCUGCUGGAGUCACCGCAGCUGGCAACGCUGGCUGAGGAUGUGACCGCUGCCCUGGCCAAACAGGGACUGUGAAACCCCACCCAUUAUCCCCAGCUCCAAGACACCCAGCUACAGCUACCACUCAGCUAUCUCCUUCCCUCUGUCUCCAAGGGGGGAAAUUAUAAAGCAGGAUUUCUCAGCUAGAUAACUAAGGAACACAUUGUUUUUCAGCCUAGUCUUUAUCUGUUGCAUUGUUACCCCUGACAGUUAUUUCGACACUGCUGUACUUAGAAAACAACACAAAACUAGCCUAGCAGACUUAUAAUAGAAGCCAAUGGGAGGUUGCACCAUUUAGUGGGGUACCUGCCCACUGGCUUCUGUUAUAACUGUGUUUAAAGUCAAUGUUUUUUCUGUUAUCUAUAGUAAUCAACUCUAUAUUACAGAAGAAAAGGAUGGAGAUUAAGUUGAAAAAUGCUGGAAUGUUCCUUUAGCCCCAAAACGUCCAAAAAGAGUGAAGCUAAUCCUGGACAAUCCAAGAAUUUGGCUCAAGUUAUCCAGCAAUACUGAGACAUCCUGCUUUGUGAAUCACCCCCGACCUACAGUAGUCUCCUCUAGUGGUGUAGUAGUGGUGGGCAGCAGCCCUCUGACCGUUUCUGAAAGACUUGCACCCACUCCCCAUCCCAUCCACAUCACACACUUUAUCUGUCGACUCAACAACAGCAACCUCCUGGAGCUGGACUGGACUUUAUCUAGGAAAGAGGAUAAGUGGGAAGAAGAUGUGGAUCAAUGUUUGGAGUUUUAUUUGAUUUUGUUGGAUUGUUUUUGUCUAAAAGUACCUAUUACUUAGCUUAGAGAGGUACCAGUGCUUUUAUUCUCCCUGUUUACUGUGUGAGUGGCUCUUUAAUUUGAUUUUUUUACAGUCGUGUACAGAUACUGAUCUCCGAUCAGGCUUAGCUAUUGGUACGCAUUAGGAAGAGAGCACCAGGGGCUUUUUCUACAAUGGACAGGAGGUCACCUGACCAUUCCAUGCAGCAUUAUUUUACGCAGUUCAGUGCAUGGGGUCUGAAAACACACGCAUCCCGAAAGCGACCUAAAUAUGCUCACCCAGCCAUCGAUACGACUACGAUGUAUGUUAAUAUAUGUAUAAUUACACCGAUUAUUUGUCAGCAGCAUCUUAAAAAAAACACAUAUAGAAAACAUUACACCUUCUAUAACUUGUAUCUGUACAAUUGCAUUAUUGCAAGUAAAAAAAAAAAGAAAAAAAUUAGAAUAUGGUAUGAUGAGCAUGUGUCAAUUCUAGGACAAAAAGAAGCUAUUUUCUAUUUCAAACGAAAGGAUUUUAGUAAGUUAUUUGCCGAAAUCAUUGGAUAAAAUGAGCAUUUCAUGUUUUAUAGAUAUUAGUGACAACGAUGUUACGCUUGUUAAUAAUUUCAGAUGACUGUGUUGCCAUUGCCCAGGGGUCCAAGCACGUAAAUGCGAGAACACUGCGUAUUCAGAAAAGGAGUAAUUGAACUGGAUUUUGGACGACAUCUGUUCAGUAUUACACCAUGAAUGAAACAGUAUGUGCCCUAAAACGCUAAUGCAGAUGAUCGGAAAGCUCCUGGUGGGCACGUCGGAACGCUUAAAGAUGAAAACGUCGGCUCUUUUUAGUGCAGAAAGCCAGUGGCCACUGUCUACGUACUUCAGACUGCACAUGGUCCCUCUGGGCACGCGGCUGUAUGAGCAGCUUUGUGGACAGAGCUGUGGUUCUUAUUUAAUUAUUCAUUGUAGGGAGCAGCUACUCUGGACCGUCAGUCAGACCCUCCGUACUCUGCCGUGUUCGACUUUAGAUGCUUAGGUUUGCUUUACAUGUAAACUUAGGAGGUGGUAAAAGAGACAAAACAACACAAAAAAGAAAAAAGCUACAAAAAAUCCUCAAUAAGAAAGGUUUCAAAAAAAAGACAAACUCACUCAUCUCGCAACAGUUUGAUAAAAGUGCUCCUGUAUAUUUUUUCCGUCGUCAUUUGUGGCAUCCCUUUCUCUUCCCCCCAGAGCUCCUGUUGUUUGUUGGCUUCUGUGUUUUUCUGCACCCCCUUUUGACCCCCCCCCUCCCUCUCCCUCCCACAGCAACUGUAAAUCUAUUUAAAAAGUCCUGUAGAUGUAUGCAGUUUUUCUCCUGUUGAUGAUACGGAUUACAAAUGCUCUUAACGACAAUAAAAACAAAAUGGCCAAAAAUGAAAAA